AGGUUUCAUCAACCCGAGGUGUUAUCCCUUCUCUACAGCGAACUUUCUUUUAUGAGUAAUUACAUGCAACAAACACCCUGAUGUGUUUGGCUGUCAGCUGGGAUAGUAUUUCUCCGUGGUGUGAAAAACAGAAAUGAAUAGGAAAUAGCAGCAGUCCUCUGUAUCGUUGUAAUGUUCAUACAACGUAUCGUCGGGGCAAAAUGUUCAUAUCGCUCCUUUUUUCCACUUUAACGUUACUGUUUCCACUUGGUCAAUCAUCUCUCCCUCUCGUUAUCAAUACGUGGCCUUUUAAGAAUGCAACAGCUGCAGCGUGGAGUGCCCUGCAGUCCGGUGGCUCAGUGUUGGAUGCAGUGGAGAAGGGCUGUGCCCGCUGUGAAAUGGAGCAGUGUGAUGGCAGUGUUGGCUAUGGCGGGAGCCCAGAUGAGUCUGGAGAGACCACACUGGAUGCCAUGAUCAUGAACGGGGAUACAAUGGAGGUGGGUGCAGUUGCAGACCUGAGAAGAAUCAAGAAUGCCAUUGGAGUAGCAAGGGCUGUGAUGGAGCACACUGAUCACACACUGCUAGUGGGAGAGUCAGCUUCUCUGUUUGCUGAAAACAUGGGCUUCAUUGCAGAAGACCUGACUACCAACAAAUCUGUGAAUAUUUUCUCACAGUGGCUGAAGGGCAACUGCCAACCUAAUUAUCGAAAGAAUGUAUUUCCAGAUCCUUCCAUUUCGUGUGGACCUUACAAGCCCAGGGUGACACUGAGACAGAAGAAGAGGGCACAGUAUGCUAAUACACGCUCCCACGACACCAUAGGGAUGAUUGUUCUUGAUCAAGAUGGUCAUGUGGCUGCUGGCACAUCAACCAAUGGACUAACUCACAAAGUACCAGGUCGUGUUGGGGACUCUCCUAUAGUUGGAGCAGGGGCCUAUGCAGACAGCUCAGCUGGUGGUGCUUCAGCUACUGGAGAUGGAGAUGUUAUGAUGCGCUUUCUACCAAGUUACUUGGCUGUGGAGCUGAUGAGGGCCGGGGCAGAUCCCUCGUCAGCCUGCAAGACGGCCAUUUCCAGAAUCAAGAGGCAUUACUCAGAGUUCUUUGGAGCCAUCAUUUGCGCUAACACAACGGGCCAUUAUGGUGCAGCUUGUAACAAAGUCCCUGGCUUCUCCCAGUUUCACUUCAUGGUAUCAAACUCUGAGUCAGACACACCACUCCUGAAAUCUGUGGACUGCUUUUAAAUGGUUUAUGAUUGUGUACGUCUCUUUUAUAUACUUAAAUGAAUUAACAGUCUUCAUACUGUAUUUUAAUGUUGAUGAUUUUAGAUUUAAUUCAUAAAUAAAAU